AUGGCUUUUCUCCAGAUUGAAAUAGAUGAAAGUGAGCGAAACUACACCAGAUUCUUCUGGAAAGAAGAUCCAGGAACUGAUGAUGAAAACAAGAAAUUGGAAAUUUUUCGGAUGACAAGGGUGUUAUUUGGGGUGAGAUCUAGCCCGUUCCUCCUUGCAGCCACAAUCAAGUAUCACUUGAACAGGUACGUAGAUAUAUUUCCUCUGACUUCUAAGCAUCUUAAUGAGUCAUUGUACGUUGAUGAUAUUAUUUGUGGGCAAAUCACUUUUCAACAGGCUCUAAGGACUUGUAAAGAGAGUGUAGACAUUCUAAAAGAGGCAAGUAUGGACCUUCGAAAGUGGAGAACCAAUUCUCCUGAGCUAAGUAAAGAAUUAAAGAAUUUAAACUUCAAUGUAGAUCAGGGUGAAGAGCCUUUAGAUACAAAAUUGAUAGCUUCAAAAGUAUUGGGACUUGGUUGGGAUGAACAAACUGACACGUUUUAUUUCGAUACCAGAAAUCUGUAA